AUGGCGGUUCUUUCUUGGCUCAACGGCAUGCAAACAGUUCGUAGCUUUGGUCAGAAUAGUUCGACGAUGACUUCACAGUUCUCAUGGACUGAAGCAAGCACAUACCAUUGCAGUGCCAUGAUAAUGCAUAUGAAGCUCUUCUGGUUUACAGGUUGUGAAUUCUUGAGACGCAUAUGCUACCUUCAGUUUGCUGGAAGGGCAUUGUUCUACAACACACAAACACAACCCCUGUCAAGAGUUGAAGUUGUGGAGAAAAAUGUCAAGCUUGGGACAGUCACGUUGGGAACUCAUACCAACAUGUUCUCCAAUCCGUCUUCAACGAAAUUUGACCGUGCAAGCAGAGUUUCUUUCAAAUAUAGCACUUCAAGAGGGGUUUAUAGAAUACCAACUUUCUAUGUUAAUGGGUUUAUAUUGCCCGAUGCUGGUUCUCCCUUAGAUUUUGGAGGAUGGAAAAGUGUUCUUGAUGCUCUGGUUCAAACCACACAAAGUAGAGAUGCAAAAUGGUUUUAUUUCUUCUUUUGA